AUGAUGAGAGGUGAUGCUUCGACCGUAAUGGUCAUGGUAAUGGUGCUUGUGAUGUUAAACCAAAUAGAGAGUGCUGUUGUGAAUGUUUCAUCACUACCACAUAGAAAGUAUUGUAAUAUUUAUAUAGGAAAGUGGGUCUACGACCAAAAUUACCCUCUCUAUGAUUCAAAGACUUGCCCUUUCAUCGAGAAACAGUUUAACUGUCAAUCCAAUGGUCGCCCUGACACCGAGUACCUCAAGUAUCGUUGGCAACCUAACGGCUGCAAUAUCCCCAGAUUUAACGGCUUAGAUUUUCUGGGAAGGAUAAUGAAAGGGAAGAAACUGAUGUUUGUAGGAGAUUCAUUGAGUCUAAACCAAUGGCAAUCCCUAACGUGUUUGCUUCACAACGCCGCACCAAACAUCAAAUCCACCCUUACUCGUUCUCCUUCUGGCCUCUCUGUCUUCUCAUUCCCUGCUUACAAUUCCUCAAUUAUGUUCUCAAGAAACGCCUUCUUGGUGGAUAUAGUCGGAGCCCCACCGAAUCGAGUGAUGAAGCUCGACUCAAUCUCGAGCGGUUCGUUAUGGAAAACCGCAGACGUUUUGAUCUUUAACUCUUGGCAUUGGUGGCUUCACACCGACAGAAAACAACCAUGGGAUAAAAUUGAGUCCGGUAAUGUAACAGUUAAAGACAUGGACCGAUUAGUGGCGUAUGAGAAAGCGAUGACUACUUGGUCUAAUUGGGUUGAUCAAAACAUUGAUCCUUCCAAAACCAAAGUCUUCUUCCAAGGUGUUUCUCCGGACCAUGGCCAGGCAAACGAAUGGUCGAAACAAGGUGGCAAAGGCAGUUGCAUAGGAGAAACAAAGCCGGUAAUGGGGUCGAAGUACCGGGCAGGACCACACCGAGCGGAGGUGGUUGUGGCCAAACUGAUAAAGAUGAUGAAGAAGAAGGCUCGGUUAAUGGACGUGACAUUGAUGUCUCAGCUAAGGAAAGAUGGACACCCUUCAGUCUACGGGCUUGGUGGUCACAAGGCACCAGACUGCAGCCACUGGUGUCUUGCUGGAGUUCCUGAUAGCUGGAACCAGCUCUUGUAUCAUGAGUUGCUUCGUUCUUGA